GUUCCAAUCAGCUCCGAAUCCGAUAUCAUAUUCACACUGAGAUCGCAAAUCAACGGCCCAGAUUACCGCCAUCGUACCCACAACUCUAAAACCUUCCAAUUAACCGAAAGCUAACCGACUGUCGACUCGGUAACAUUUGAGCUCCCCAGAUUCACAAGUUCCAUACUUCUCUCUUUUAGGGAUCGCUCUAUAAUGAGGAGAGUCAGCUGUCUCGCCGCCGUACGCCGCGCCGUGGAGGGCGUGGCCGCCGCUCCUUCACUCACCGCAAAUCCCGUAGGCCGCGGCCGCGGCCGCAUCUUCCAGGCGGCUGCUUUCGGCACCGCCGCUUCCAACAGAGGCGCCAGAUCUUAUUGGUUGUUGUCCGGCAAAAGGAUUGCCGCUGCCGGUACGGUGCUGUUCUCGGUAGCCGCUUCCGCACUCGUCGGGGAGGUUGAGGCCAAGGAGUCCGUCCAGUUGAAAUUCCGGCCGGACGAGGUGGUUCUCUAUCAGUAUGAAGCUUGCCCUUUCUGUAACAAGGUCAAAGCAUUUCUGGACUACUAUGAUAUUGCAUACAAGGUUGUGGAGGUCAACCCGAUCAGCAAAAAUGAAAUUAAGUGGUCUGAUUAUAAAAAAGUGCCAAUAUUGAUGGUUGAUGGCGAGCAGCUGGUUGAUUCAUCUGAUAUAAUUAAUAGGUUGUCAAAAAAGAUUCAUCAAGAUGAGGCUAUUGAUUCUGAUGGCGAAGAGAAAACGUGGAGGAGCUGGGUUGACAAUCACUUGGUUCACCUGUUAUCACCUAAUAUAUAUCGAAAUUCUUCAGAAGCCCUUGAGUCAUUCGAUUACAUAACUAGUCAUGGCAACUUCAGCUUUACCGAGAAAAUAACAGCCAAAUACGCUGGGGCAGCUGCAAUGUAUUUCGUCUCCAAGAAAUUGAAGAAAAAGUAUAACAUCACAGACGAACGGGCUGCAUUAUACGAAGCUGCUGAGACUUGGGUGGAAGCACUCAACGGUCGAGAUUUCCUAGGUGGAACCAAGCCUAACUUAGCUGACCUUGCAGUUUUUGGUGUUUUAAGACCCAUACGCUACCUCAAGUCUGGUAGAGACAUGGUAGAACACACGAGAAUCGGUGAUUGGUACUCCCGAAUGGAAACUACUGUUGGACCAUCUUCGAGAAUCCAAGCAUAAACUCAUCAAGAAUACAGGUCGAUAUGAUUGAAGUAGUAUAUGACCGAUAAUAUAAUUCGAUUCUUUUGGUAAUUUGGCGGCAAAGGUUUAUACUUGAGAUUGUUGAGCACAAAAAAAGGUGUUCUUUGAGAAAACUUUAUUUGCAUACAAGUUCGUUUGAAUGGAGCUCCUCCAAGCUACAUCAAGGCGGGUGUAUCUUGACACGAGUAUGCGAACAAAGCUCCUCGUCGUGUAGGAUUGUUUUUUCUUGGAUUUAAAGAAUAAAAUUGAGGCAUUUUGUUGUAAUCCUUCUCUCUUUUUUUUUUUUUUUU